AUGGCGGUAUCAUUCAUCACCAGACUCCUAACGUUGGUCCUAUGCUACGCCUACCCGGCGUACGACUGCUACAAGACGCUAGAACUGAGCACGCCGCAGAUGGAACAGCUGCGAUUCUGGUGCCAGUACUGGAUUCUGCUUGCGUUCCUGACGGCUCUCGAGAGGUUCGCCGAUUGCGCGCUCUCGUGGCUGCCCAUGUACGGCGAGGCGAAGCUCGCGCUCGUCGUGUACCUCUGGCACCCAAACACAAUGGGCGCGGGGCGUGUCUACGACGACUUCCUCCGGCCGUUCCUGGCGGCGCACGAGGGGGGCAUCGACCGCGGCCUCCUGGAGCUGAGGGCCCGCGCCGCGGACGCGACGGCGUCGCACCUCCAGGCGGCCGUGGCGCUCGGGCGGGCGGGCCUGCUCGACGCCGUCCGCCGCGUUUCGUCGCGGCUGCAGCUGCCGGCGACUGGAAGCCCCGACGGGCAGCAGGUGCAGUGA